AUGGCGGGGUAUGAAGAAUGGUCACAACAGCAAUUGAUUGCAAGGAUACAAGAGUUGGAGAAGCAGAUAGGAGGAAAUGCGCAGGGAAAUGCUGAACUGAUUUCCUCGUCUUCUACAAAAGAACCGACACUCUUGCCUACAGAUUCACCAAAGUCAUGGGAACUUCGCAGGGCCAGCAAGCCACCGCCAAAAGCUUUCGACGCUUCGAAAUAUAGCACACGGUUAAUCGCGCUAAAGUUUGCGUACCUAGGACAGAAAUACAAUGGCUUUGAGCAUCACAAGAACAAUACUACGCCGCUGCCUACGAUUGAAGAAGAAGUCUGGAAGGCACUGGUCAAGACACGGUUAAUUAAUCCGAUACCAACGGAAGGUGAUGGAAGAAGAUAUGAGAGAAUCGAUAGAAAGACGUUUGCAAGAUGGGAUAGAGAAGGUGCCGAUGUAAACUGGGACGGUUGUGAAUACUCGAAAUGCGGAAGGACGGAUCGGGGGGUUAGCGCUUUUGGGCAGGUCAUUGGAGUGAGGGUUAGGAGUAACAAGCCGCUGCCAAAAGCCUCUGAGCCUGAACAAGACGCGGAGAAAGAAGACCAAGCGGACAACGAAGACCCAUCGCCAUCCUCAGGCAACGUUCAAGACACCACACCGAAGCCAUUCAACGACCUUACGGACGAACUUCCAUACAUUCAGCUUCUAAACCGCGUCUUGCCUCCCGAUAUUCGCGUUUAUGCGUGGUGUCCCAAGCCGCCAGCAGACUUCAGUGCACGCUUCUCUUGUAAAGAAAGGCGGUAUAAGUACUUCUUCACCAACCCUUGCUUCGCACCUGUGCCCGGCUCUCCUGGACUAUACAAAACCAACACCAACUACACUAACAACAAAAGCAUUACUCCAGAUAACCAAGAGACAAUGCGCGAAGGCUGGCUCGACAUCGAAGCUAUGCGAAAAGGUUGCAAAUCGCUAAUCGGCCUCCACGAUUUCCGCAACUUUUGCAAAAUCGACGCAAGCAAACAGCUCACAAACUUCCAACGACGCAUUUUCCACGCCGACAUCGAGGAAGUAUCUCCACUAUCCGUUCCAGGCUUCCUCUCACACCCCGCUCUCUCCGCCCCUUACUUGUCGACAGAGAACGGAGAGCCACCAAAACUAUACUCCUUCACUCUUCACGGCUCCGCCUUCCUCUGGCACCAAGUCCGCUCGCUAGUCGCUAUCCUGUUUCUCAUAGGCCAGGGCCUCGAAUCCCCAUCUCUAGUCCCCCAUCUCCUCGACAUAAACGCCAACCCGCAACGACCAAAAUACGAAAUGGCAUCGGACGCGCCCCUCGUCCUUUGGGACUGCAUCUUCCCGCACGCCUCCGAAGUGCGCAGCACUGAAGAACGGGAACACGGGUACGAAGACCGACUAGAAUGGAUCUACAUUGGCGACGAAGGAGGUAGCGAACCAAAAGCGAGAGGAACAGCCAAAGGCGGAGGCCCUAGUACUAUCGGUCGCGGGAAAUGGGGCCGGGGUGGCGUUAUCGACGAUGUCUGGGAGGUCUGGCGGGGAAACAAAAUCGACGAGACGCUUUCUGCGCUGUUGCUUGACAAGAUUGCGGGCUUGGGCCAGUCGACAUUGGAUGCCGAGGUGUCGGCCGAGAAACAGAGUAUCGGCAUAGCGAGGGGUGGACCAAGGGUUUUUGAUGGAGGGGAUUUGGGGAGGGCGAAGGGGAAUUACAUGCCGAUUCUACAGAGGGAAAGGCAGGAAAGUGUCGAGGUGGUCAAUGAACGGUAUAGGAUUAGGAGGGGCAUCGAUUCGGAUCGUGUCAAAGCGAAAGACGACGAUGGAGAUGAGUAG